AUGGAUCAAAAAUGGAUGUUUGCGAACCGUUUGUCAAAUGAGUACGAGGGUGGAGUCAACGAGUUUGUCAGUUUUGCGGUUCAACAUGCCGAGGCCAUUGAUAAUAUCAUAUGCCCUUGCUUACGUUGUUACCAUAUAAGACGAGUCAAUCAAUCUGAGCUGAAAGAUCAUCUAAUAAUUAAUGGAAUUGAUCCAAGGUUUGUAUAUGACAUCGUCAUGCUCGAACAUGGUUUGAGAGAGAGAUUCAGCUUUUUGUCUCCAGCGCAAACCACCAAAUUCUCUUAUGAACAAGUUAACUAUAUACAUGAGGCCUUCACGGCACAGGUGCGAAGAGAUAAAUUGUUUCUCGCACCAUUCAAUGCUGGGGAACAUUGGGUGUUGAUAGUGAUUGAUGUGUUUAAAGAAAGAAUAUACUAUUUGGAUCAUUUACGUCAAGAGCUGACAGAACGCAAACAAAUGAAGCUUAUGUUUGAUACGGCUCUGAAGGUUCAUCGGUCAACUUCUGGUAUGAGUGUACCCAAAGCAAAGCAAAAUUAUAUUCCGUGGGAUAUCAUUGAGUGCCCUCGUCAGACUAAUAGUGUUGAUUGCGGAUAUUAUGUGAUGAAGUUCAUGAAAGAUAUCAUCACUCACCAACAACUUGUGAUCCCAACGAAAUAUUUUGAAGAUUGUCAGUUCAUUUCCUACAAUGAAGAGCAAUUGCGUGAAGUUAAAGAUGAGUGGGCCGCUUAUGUUUUUUACAAUUGUUUUUAG